UUGUUGUUGCUCACUUCAGUACUCAGAUAUAUACUGAAAUGGGACGGAAAGAGGAAGAGAUGCUCGUUUUUCUUCCCAAACCCCGAAGGAGACUGAGAUUGACGUCAUGGGGACUCGCAAUGGAUGUCGUCCUUCUUACGCUGACCUUUUCCUUGUUUGCUCUUGGAACAUUCUCCAUCAUAAACCCGACACAGUUUCAAAACUUCCUGAGCUAUUUCCACUGUGGAUCGAAGUCGUCGAGUCAGAACACCACUGUUCCUAACCUGCAUGUGGGUGCCCCUCAGUGUGACGUCACAUUCGACUCGGAUCGCUUCGACUGUUGGCCGGAGGGAAAAGGCGCUGUCCAGCAGACAUGUGAAGCUCGAGGGUGUUGCUGGGAUACGAAUGUUGGUCAAGGAGUACCAACAUGCUUUUAUCCUCGGAUUUUCAACAACUCCUACCGAGUCGCAUCCUUUCAGGAGUUCACCCACGGAAUGGAAGCUGUGCUCCAAAGGUCCACACAGUCCCCCUACCCGGGCGAUGUGAUGGAGCUGAAACUGGAGGUCACGUAUGAGACCAAUGAACGACUCCGCUUCAAAAUAUUUGACCCCAACAAUAAAAGGUAUGAAGUUCCUAUCGAUCUCCAAAAAGGGAAAGAGAUGGCCAGCAACCCGGACUAUCAGGUCAGUUUAUCAGUUGAACAGUUUGCAAUCACUAUUAGAAGGACCUCGACAGGGGAUAUCAUGUUCGACUCUUCAGGAGUAUCUCCUCUAAUAUUUGCUGAUCAGUAUAUCCAAAUCGGAACCCAGCUGGCUACUAGCAAUGUCUACGGGUUAGGUGAACAUCGGUCAAGUCUCAAACUGGACACAGAUUGGACAAAGAUCACCUUUUGGGCUCGGGAUCAACCGCCGAUCCUGGACGAGAACCUCUAUGGUUCCCAUCCAUUCUUCAUGAACCUGGAUGGAAAGAAUAAUGCUCAUGGUGUCUUCCUAUUAAACAGCAACGCCAUGGAGGUCGACCUUCAACCCUCUUACGGAUCCUCUGCUCUCACCUAUAGAAGUAUAGGAGGCAUCCUUGAUUUCUAUGUCUUCCUUGGACCGACUCCUGAUGCCGUUGUUCAGCAGUACGUCAGCCUUAUCGGAAAACCCUUCUUUCCUCCAUUUUGGUCUUUCGGGUUCCAUUUGUGUAAGUGGGGCUACUUGUCUUCAACUGAAGUGAAAAAGGUCAUUGACAGGAACCGAGCAGCAAAUAUUCCUUAUGAUGUGCAAUGGAAUGAUAUAGACUACAUGGCUUCUCAUCUCGAUUGGACAUAUGACAAUAAAUCUUAUGCAGGAUUGCCAACCAUAGUCGAGGACUUGCAUCAGCAUGACCAAAAGUAUGUCAUUAUAGUAGACCCUGGUAUUAGCAGUGUUCAGACACCUGGCACUUACCCUCCCUAUGAUGAAGGCGUGAAGGAUGACAUCUUCAUUAAAGCACACAAUGGAAGCAUUUUGCAGGGUAAAGUAUGGCCUGGACAAACCGUGUUCCCUGAUUUCUUAAACCCAAAUACAACAGACUGGUGGUACAGACAGGCCAAGCUAUAUUACGAUGUUGUGCCAUUUGAUGGUCUUUGGACAGACAUGAAUGAACCAUCCAACUUUGCGGACGGGUCAAUAUCAGGAUGUACGAAUAACUCCCUGGACCAUCCUCCUUUCAUUCCACCGGUUAUAGACGGAUCUUCACUGUUUUCCAGAACACUCUGUCCUUCGGCACAACAGUAUGUCUCAUCACAUUACAAUGUGCACAGCCUGUACGGAUUCAGUGAAGCAAGAGCAUCGAUGGGUGUCCUACAUCAGUUGAAGUCUGAGAGGAACAUAGUGAUAUCUCGCUCCACCUUUCCAAGCUCUGGACGAUAUGGAGGACACUGGCUUGGCGAUAACACAUCAGGGUGGCCGGACUUAUAUUAUUCCAUUCCUGGUAUUAUCAACUUUCAGAUGUUCGGUAUUCCGUUUGUUGGAGCUGAUAUUUGUGGUUUCGGUGGAGGUACAACACCAGAGCUGUGCACCCGAUGGAUGCAGGUAGGAGCGUUUUACCCCUUCAUGAGGAACCACGAUGCAUUAGGACAGAAUGACCAAGAUCCAGGAUCGUUUGAUCCAGUGACACAGGGUUACAUGAGGUCAGUUCUUCAGACAAGGUACCACCUUCUGCCCUAUCUUUACAGUCUGUUCUUCAGGAACCACAUUCAGGGGACGCCUGUUGUCAGGCCUUUGUUUUUCCAGUACCCAGGAGAAGCUUCAGAAGUCGACAAACAGUUCCUGUGGGGGACCUCCCUCCUCAUAUCCCCCGUCCUGGAAGAAGGGGCUACGUCUGUGUCAGCUUAUUUCCCAUCUGAUGUUUGGUACGACUUCUACAAUGGUUCUCGACUCUCUACCGUUGGUGAAAGUGUUCGUCUCGAUGCCCCCUUGUCAAAGAUCAACCUGCACGUUCGAGGAGGGUCAGUCCUACCUACCAAACCAGCUUCCCUGACGACUGCAGCUCUCCGGAAUCAGAGCUUCUCACUUUUAGUUGCAUUAGCUGAUGACGGUUCUGCCGAAGGGGAAGUGUACUGGGACGAUGGCAAAUCUUUAGAUUCUGUUGAGAAGGAGAAAUACAGUCGGGUGUCUUUCUCUAUGGCAGGGAAGAUUCUCGAGAGUAUAGUUUUUGUUGACAACUAUGACGUGGGUUCGGAAAUGCAACUGGAUGGAAUCACAAUCUUUGGAGUCGGCAAAAUGCCACAACAAGUCAUGGUGAACAAUGUUGCUGUUAUUCCACACUAUGAUGGCAAAAAUCAUGUCUUGAAAUUAAGUGGCUUGUCGGUAAACCUUCUUCAGCCCCUAAAGGUGACGUGGUGACAAGGAAAUAGUUAUUCUUGAAGAAUGAUUAUACUGAAGCAAGCUAUAACCCUUUUGUUUCAAAAGAUUUCAUCCAUUAGUUUAAAUGUCUCUGUGUGAUGCCACUUCUAGCCUGAAAUGUCUAAAUCUGAUCAAUUUGGUAAUUUCAAUAACAUAUUUGUUCCUAUGAUAUUGUUUUCAAUCUUACGAUUAUAUGCCUGUAAUAAACGCCGAAAAGUACA